AUGCUUGCGGUAACCAUUAAUGCCGCGGGGGAAAGGAAAUACCGAAAUGUAAAUUGUCACCGGGAAGACAACGGGCUGAAUCUUUCCAGCGGCAGGCCAGGGUACACAAACGGGCGCCUCGUAGUUUCUGUUCAGCAUCUCCGUGGCCGGGACCGGCUGCGCUGUUGUAACUCGCUGCGGCCCCCGGUGUUUGCACCGCCCUUAGAAAUUCCCGUGGGCUGCUGCACGGCCGGGCGAUGGAUCAGCCCCUCCGAUCUGUUCUCUUUAAACACGAACGAGACUUCCGACUUUUCCGCCCCUCGGAGCGGGCUGCCCGAUUCUCCUCUCCCCGGGGCGGGGAGGGCCCACGGGGGUCCCACCGCACCGCCCCACGCCCGCACCCUUGCCAAGUGCGUGUGCGGGGGAGUUUUGGGGGGGCACGGCUGGGGGGUGAACGAAGGGGCACAACCUUGCUGUGUCUUUUUCCCCGCCGUGGGCAGCAGCAUCGGGGGAAGAUCAAAAGGACGCAGUAACUGCGAAAUAUUUGGGCAGCCGGCGGCGGUGCCGUGGGUGCGUGGCGGUGGGAGCCUGCGGCGCUCGGCCGAGGGUAGGCUCCUCUCGCUCCACGCCUGCUCGGAGAGGCUUCGCGGGGAGCUGGGGGCCGAGGGGGGUCCAGGGCUCGGUUCAAGGCUCCCUCCUAACCCCGCUGUGGUCUCUUCGGCAGGUUACAGCACGGUGGCGUUCGACGGGACCCCGAGCUACGGCCACACGCCGUCUCACCACGCCGCUCAGUUUACAAACCACUCCUUCAAACACGAGGACCCCAUCAGCCAGCAGCCCUCGCUAGGGGACCAGCAGUACUCGGUGCCUCCCCCGGUGUAUGGCUGUCACACCCCCACCGACAGCUGCACGGGCAGUCAGGCCCUGCUCCUCCGGACCCCCUACAACAGCGACAAUUUAUACCAAAUGACCUCACAGCUCGAAUGCAUGACAUGGAAUCAAAUGAACUUGGGAUCCACAUUGAAGGGCCAUACAGCAGGAUAUGAAAAUGAGAACCACAGCGCUCCCAUGUUAUACAGCUGUGGGGCCCAAUACAGAAUACACACCCAUGGAGUUUUUAGAGGCAUACAAGAUGUCCGACGGGUGCCAGGAGUAGCUCCAACUAUUGUCCGAUCAGCAAGUGAGACAAAUGAAAAACGUCCCUUCAUGUGUGCGUACCCUGGCUGUAACAAGCGAUACUUUAAGUUGUCCCAUUUACAGAUGCACAGCAGAAAGCACACUGGUGAAAAACCUUAUCAGUGUGAUUUUAAGGACUGUGAACGGAGAUUUUCUCGUUCAGACCAACUCAAACGGCACCAAAGACGACACACAGGUGUGAAGCCCUUCCAGUGUAAAACCUGUCAGAGAAAGUUCUCCAGAUCUGAUCAUCUGAAGACUCAUACCAGGACUCAUACAGGUGAAAAGCCUUUCAGUUGCCGGUGGCCCAGCUGUCAAAAAAAAUUUGCCAGGUCUGAUGAAUUAGUUCGUCAUCACAACAUGCACCAGAGGAACAUGACUAAACUGCAGUUGGCCCUUUAG